AUGGCUCAAGGGCAUCUGAUCCCCAUGGUUGAUAUCGCCAAGAUUCUUGCGCAACAAGGCAACGCCGUUACCCUAAUUACAACCCCUCAAAAUGCAUCUAGGUUUUCGGAGACGGUUGAGCGAGCAAGAUCAGAGUCGGGUCUGGAAAUCAACGUCGUGAAAUUUCCAAUUGCCUACAAAGAAUUCGGUCUUCCCGAAAACUGCGAGACUCUUGACACUUUGCCCUCCAAAGACCUCCUACGGAGAUUCUAUGACGCUGUAAAUAAGCUUCAGGAGCCCUUGGAAACGUUUCUUGAGCAACAAGAAAUCCCUCCAAGUUGCAUGAUCUCCGAUAAAUGCCUUUUUUGGACGUCCCAAACCGCCAAAAGGUUCGAGAUCCCGAGAAUAGUGUUCCACGGAAUGUGCUGCUUCUCUCUUUUGAGCUCGCACAAUGUCCAUCUUCAUAGCCCACACCUCUCGGUUUCUUCAGACUCAGAGCCUUUCUCUAUACCAGCAAUGCCACAUAGGAUCGAGAUAGCUAGGGCUCAGCUACCCGGUGCGUUUGAGAAGUUAGCAAAUAUGGAUGACGUUCGUGAGAAGAUGCGUGAAGCUGAAUCAGAAGCAUUUGGGGUUAUUGUUAAUAGCUUCCAAGAAUUGGAGCCCGGUUAUGCAGAAGCCUACUCUGAGGCCAUAAAAAAAAAGGUAUGGUUCGUUGGGCCUGUUUCGUUAUGCAACGACCGUAUGGUGGACUUAUUCGAUAGAGGAAACAACGGUAACAUCGCCAUAAGCGAGACCGAAUGCUUGAAGUUUCUCAACUCGAUGAGACCAAGGUCAGUAUUAUAUGUUUGUCUAGGUAGCCUCUGUCGACUUAUACCUGAUCAACUGAUAGAACUAGGUUUAGGGUUAGAAGAAUCGGGAAAACCCUUUAUUUGGGUGAUCAAGACCGAGGAAAAAUACAUGAAUGAGCUAAAAGAAUGGCUAAAACGCGAAAAGUUUGAAGAGCGAGUUAGAGGAAGAGGGAUAGUGAUAAAGGGUUGGAGUCCUCAGGCUAUGAUACUCUCACAUGGCUCCACCGGAGGGUUCUUGACUCACUGCGGUUGGAACUCUACGAUAGAAGGGAUAUGUUUUGGUGUACCAAUGAUCACAUGGCCAUUAUUCGCUGAACAAUUCCUUAAUGAGAAACUUGUCGUGGAAGUUUUGAAGAUUGGGGUUAGGGUUGGCGUAGAGAUUCCGGUGAGAUGGGGAGACGAGGAAAAAGUUGGAGUGUUGGUCAAGAAACAGAGUGUUGUGAAGGCUAUAAAGCUUUUGAUGGUCGAAGAUUGUCAACGUGGAGAUGGUGAAGACGAAAAUAGUGAGUUCGUGAGACGUAUUCAAGAGCUUGCAGUAAUGGCGAGAAAGGCUGUGGAAGAAGGAGGAUCUUCGAGUACUAAUGUUUCAGUCUUGAUCCAAGAUAUCUUGGAGCAAAUUAAGUCGCCAAUAGAAAAGGUAUUAGUAUAA